ACAGCUUAACGUUAUUAAGGAUAAUCGUACUACAUAUAAAGGCUAAAACAUGCAUUCCGUGGGCAUCCACUCGGCAAUGGCCAUUAAGCGCCAGCGAAAGCGCCGCGAUGAACAGAAGAGAGCCAGAGAGCGACGUUAUAGUACCCAGAGUUCAGAAAGCGGUGAAACCUUUCAUUCACCCAGUGGAUCUGUGCGACGCAAAUAUCACCAUCCACAUCAUGCAGUCAAGCCGGGACCAGGCAUGCUGGAUAGUCAGGUCGUCACAAGUAUUGGAAUGCUGCACAUUGGUAUUGUAUUUAUUGUUUUUGGUGUCUUCUUAUGUGGUGCUGGCAUCAUUCCCGAUGAGGCCAUGUCCUGGAACGUAUUUAGCUCUAGUACUGCGUGGUGGAAUGAAGUAACCUGCACUGGUUUGUUUUCGUUUGGCUUGGGUUUAUUUUUAUUAGUUUUAAACUGCUUGAUAAGUCGCAAAGAGGAAGAAGACCUCGAGGACUAUGUGCAACGUCAGCUAACCAGAUCGCGGUCAGGACAUCGGCUUGAGCGGGAUGUGGAAACAGGAGUGUUAACUACGCGUCACGCCCGCAAGGCGGUGGCUUUACAAAAAAGUGGACGCAACGGCUCCGCUUCGCCUACAGAUGUUGCCGUGGUACAUUGUGCUGCUACAGAGAGUAUGUCAAAUAGUCAGAUAGUGGGACGCAAUGGACUAAAUAACUCCGGUGACAUACUGCUUGAGAAAAUUGUGGAGGAAGAUGCUCCGUACAUGAACGAUCAUAGUGCGGGCAUAUCGCCAAUUGAAAUAGAGAAUGAUACAAAACAACUUCUAAGAAGGGAAUCAAUAACAGAUGCAAUCAAUAUAACACGCAUAUAAAAGCCUAAGUAUUUAAAGAUUCUAUUUUUUCAAAUCAA